CGCUUAUCCAUUGGAAAGUAGAGGGUAUUUUAGUAAUGAGAAAAUCUUCAGGUGAUUCCGGCAACGGCCGUGGUUUCCGAAACCAUUAGCACCGCUGAGGUUCCAACCUCUAUAUAAGGCCUCAUUUCUCACACAAAAAAGCCAUGAAAGCUACCAAGCUCAAAGAUCGCAGGAGUUAAUAAUCAUUUUACCCUCCUUUGCAAAGCUCAAUCUCUUUCUUUGGUACAGGGUUUAUUGGUUCGAUGGAGAGGAGGAUUGUAGUAGCAGUGGAUGAGAGCGAGGAGAGCAAGUAUGCGCUCUCAUGGUGCCUGAAAAACCUAAUUUCAGAGUCCUCAAAAGACACCAUCAUUCUCUUAAAUGUCAGGCCAUCCCCUCCUGUAUACCCUGCAUUGGAUGGAACAGGAUAUAUUUUCUCCUCUGAUAUAAUGGCAACCAUGGAUAAAUAUAGCAAGGAUUUGGCUGAAGCAGUGCUGGAGAAAGCGAAAAUGAUAUGUCAAAGCUCUUCACGUGUCACGGUUGAGACAAAAUUGGGGUGUGGAGAUGCAAGGGAAGUGAUAUGUGAGCAAGUUGAAAAGCUUGGAGGAGAUCUGCUGGUCAUGGGAAGCCAUGGUUAUGGUGCCUUCAAAAGGGCUUUUCUUGGGAGUGUGAGCAAUCACUGUGCUAACAACACCAAAUGCCCAGUUUUGAUAGUUAAACGUCCCAAGGCUUAAGACGUUUAAUAACUUUAAUUAUUGAACUUUGUUAUUAUUGUGAGUUUUUUUUUUUGUUUUGUUUUCUUUUUUUGUUUUUUUGUUUUUAGGAAGUUAUUAUUGCAAGGUUGAAAUUUGUGUUUUCUUUCUUCCAAAUACAUGUUAUAAAAAUGUAAAUAUAUUUGUUUUGGAUUUCUAAUUGAUUAAUGAUAGUCUUUUCUUGAA